AUGUCUACUGAAGAUUGCGCAAAGUCCCGGGAAGGCUUCCCCCGCCCGUUCCCCAACACACCAUCCAACGUCCUAGACCAAUUGAAAGUGACAGGCAAAGUCAUCGUGGUCACUGGUGCUGCUGAUGGUAUUGGCUAUGCUGUUUCCGAGGCCAUGGCAGAGGCCGGCGGCAAUGUUGCCUUGUGGUACAAUUCAAAUGAUGCUGCAAUUCAAAAGGCACAAGAUCUAGCAAGCACACACAGCGUCAAGACCUCGGCUUACAAAGUGGAUGUGUCCGAUUCCAACCAGGUUCAAGAGACUAUUGCCAAGGUAUUGAAAGACUUUGGCAAGAUUGAUGUGUUCGUUGCAAAUGCUGGAAUGGCCAUUUCAAAGCCCAUUCUGGAGCAAACCCUAGAUGAAUACAGGAAACAGAUGUCGUAUGCUGGUGAAGUAUUCAAGAGCCAAGGCUUCGGCAAUCUCAUCAUCACUUCGAGCAUGAGCGGUCACAUCGUCAACGUCCCUGUUGAUCAACCCGUCUACAACGCCACCAAGGCUUACGUCACGCACUUUGGAAAGUCCCUAGCCCGCGAAUGGAGAGAGUUUGCCCGUGUCAACAUUGUAUCUCCAGGAUUUUUUGACACCAAGAUGGGUGCUGGUCCAGAUGCUCUGCAAGAAGCAUACCGCAUGGCAGCUCUGGGCAGACAAGGCCACACUAAGGAGAUCAAGGGCCUAUACCUGUAUCUGGCGAGCGAUGCUUCUACUUACAUGACUGGUAGCGAUGUCCUUAUUGACGGCGGCUAUGUCUUGCCUUGA